AUGAUGUGCACAAGCGCCCAUGUGCGCACUGGGUUACACUGGAACCUGAAGAAAGAAAUAAAAGAAAUCACUCACUUGAGCGAUGAAGAAAUUGCAGUGAUUCAUAAGCGAUUUACUUCGAUUAGCAACAAGGGGAGGCUGGACUACCAAAAUUUUGAAAAAAGCUUAGGUAUCCUUGGGACCAUCAAGAAUGCUUAUCUGUACAAUUCCAUUUUUAAAGCUUUCGACACGAAUGAAGAUGGAUAUCUUGACUUUUAUGAGUUUUGUGUUGCCAUCAACACGAUGCUGAAGGGGAGUAAACGGGAGAAGGUGAAGCUGUCUUACCGCAUUGUGCACGCCGGGAGCAGUGGGGGUAGUAGCCGGCAUCGGGGGGAAGCAGAUGAUAUGGAUGAGCAGGAAGCAGGUGGAAUGGCAGGCCGAGCAAAUGGCCAAACCGCAAGCCCGGCAGGCCAAACGGCAGAGCAGGCCACCCCAGUAAUCAGAGACUACUCCGACUACAUCUCGUACGAACAAUUCAAACAAAUCGUCCUAAGCAUAAAUGAUAUUAAGAAACAGCUUCUGGGGACGCAGGAGAAAAUCCUAAUUAGUCAAAUAAGUUACACCUUUAAAUCACUGAGCAUGCUCUGCGACGAUGGCAAGUAUCGGAUGAAUCUCAAGUGCUACCGGAAGGCAGUGAAGUGCAACGAAUUUUUAAAGCUCCUUGGCAUCCACAACAAAGUGGCGGAUGCUUUUAUAAGUAGCGAAAUUGAGAAAAAGAAGAAAAUCCCAUCUGGAAGGAGUCGCUUUAUCAGUGGCAAUGCAUUAGGGGGGGAGUUUACUCGACGACUAGGGUCCAAUCAUCGAGUGAAAUCCUUCUCCGUGUCUUCCAACACGCGGUUUUCCCUUGGCAAAGGCUCCGCCUCGUCUCUAUUCACUCGAGGGAGGAAGAAGAAAAGCAGCGUCGAGGGGGGGACCGGCGGAGGGUAUAGUGGCGGGUACAGCGGCGGUGGGGGUGGCGAUCCGAAGGACGCUCCAAAGGAUGCUCAUCGUGUGCACCACGCGGAUCAUGCGAGGAGGAACUGUCAAGGAAGAAGCCCCGUCGGCCCCCGACUCAGAGACAAGGACAAACGUUGUGCACCCCUAAAGAGCAUCGUCAUUCAGUCAAGCAUCUCCUCAGAAGGAGAAGCGGCAGCCAAACGGGACGGCCUAUUCGAGUCGACCGUCCGUAUGUCAGGAAAGGAGUUAAGUGGGAAACGUAAUUUUUUGAAUGUGCCCCGUGGUGGUGAUGGGUCUAGGAGCCGAUCUUGUGUCGCCGCUGGUGUGGGGGCUUCGCAGGCACCCCGAGGAAUGGAUCCAACAGGCGGGAGGGAAGAAGUGGCGAAGCAAGAGCAGAAGCAGCAGAAGAAGAAAGGGGAAUGUCCGAAAAAGGGGAGCAGUAACGCCCGUAAUAGGAAGGACAAUCCAAAUGGGCCAAUCAGAGAUGUAUCGAAGGGGGGUGCUCCAAAUGACUCACCGAUGAUGACGACCGAGGGAAGAAAAACGGCGAAGUGUGGCAUCGAAGAUGCCUCGAGAAAAGCCAGUUGCAGUGAACGAAACAACCCCUACCAACAAUCGUGUCCCUCUUCCAGCUUCCAUAACAACGUGAUGAUGGAAGAGAGCGGGAACAGGGGGGACGGAAUACGGGAAAAUUACGAGCCAUCGGAGAGCAGCUCGCACGUUUGGAAUGACCACUCCGAUGUAGAGGUGGUGACUCUGAGAAAGGGGGGGUGUCCGUUGGAUUGGAGGAACGGAACGGGGGCGGUGGAUAUCGCAGGGGGGGAGCUGACCAGCGGAACGAGUACCCCCUCCAGCGAAGCGGGUAGCGGCGGGGGUAGCGGCCCGGUUAGCAGCCCGGUUAGCCGUUCCCCCCAUGGUGGCUCCCCCUACAGAUGCACCGUAACUCCGAGGCGAGACAAUACCGAUGGCAACGAAAAGGAUGCACUGAAGAUGGAUCCAUCCGAUCAGACUUACCAUGGGAUGGAGAAAUACGAAUGUGAAAUCUUGAAGGCAAUCCUCAGAUUUGAAAAAAAAAAAGAAAACAAAACAUACGUGGAGGAGUACAACGAGUAUGUGAAGGGGUAUAGAAAGUUUGCGGAGGAGCAGGAGGAAGGAUACUCACUUGAUUUGGACACUUACUCGGAUGGGAAGGAAGAACUUGAGAAAGAGGUGGAAGAAGGGGGCAAGGAUGGCCAAUUUAACGACGGAGGGGGGAGCAGUGCAUAUGAAGAUAUAGAAGGAGAGGACAGUGCAGGUAGUGAACAGGGAGACCAUGCAGAUGGUGGGAUAACCCUAAAGGGUAAAUCUGAAGUUAAGGGCGGUGAGAAACGUGAUGCCAGCAGCCGUGAGAGGAACCACAGCCAAGAGGGUGCAGUGGGAGCGGUUGCCGUGGCAACGGUUGCCGGGGAGGCUGCAAAAGAUGCCACCGCUGCAGUGGAGAACGCAAAGUACCUCUGCAAGAAGUAUUUUGAGUACAAAGAAUUUUUGGAGCACUCCAGGUGUCCCAUUUCUCACAGCCACAAUGGUCUCAUGAUGAGUAGCAAUGAUUCCUGUGUGGUUAACUCUCCCAGUUGUGAAGACCGCAUGUAUGGAAACCGGGGUAAGGGAGGAAAGGGUGCUACCAGAGAUGCCAAUCAGUCGAAGGUGCUGCUCCACUUCAGCAGCGAUGUCAUUAGGAAGAAGUUUUAUAUUCCAACAAGCAACUGCCACUACGUCAUGGUGAAUAAAGAUUUGACCAAAGAGCAGGUGCUGUAUCACUUAGGGAACAUCGUCGUGGCUACGAAGGAUUAUCUGAGCAGGGAGCGGAAUGGGGGUGGCGACUACAACCGCAUCUUCUUCUUCUUCUUCCACGUGUUUAAGUAUCACUUGGGGGGGGAUGCCCAGGAGGAGGGGGGGGGGCCCGUGCACAGUGGUCAUCCGAAUGAGGCGAACGAGGCAAGUCAUCCCGAUCAGCCCAAUCAGCCAAAUCAGCCAAAUCAGCCAAAUCAGCCCAAUCAGCCAAAUCAGCCAAAUCAACCCAAUCAGUCAAGCCAUCCCAAUCGGGCAGAUCCAUGUGGCCACACUGCUAACCCAGGUGUGUGUUCCCACCCCCCGUACAGAGAAGAACCCAGCAACGAGUCCCAAAUGAGCACAAAGAAUCUGAGGGCCAAUAUCUACUACAACGUUUUGCUCGUAACUCAGAUAGUGAAGUAUUUCCUCCACACGAUAACAAUUUCGCAGAAGUGUCCAUCGUCCUACGACUCCAUCGAGGAGAGUAGCUGCGUCCGCAGCAUGAAUCAAGUGAGUAUCCUUCUAAGUCAUACGAGCCACCUCCUCGCAACCUACUCCAAGGGACAGAACAGAAAUAGGAAGAUAUAUAUUAAUAAGUCUAAUUACUAUCGUAGGCUCAGCAGAGGGAAAUUGUCCGUCUCUUUGAGACAGAGGAAGAAAAAAAGGAACCUUCAGAAAAUUUUGGCUGUCUACUUUGGACAUGAAAGAUGGGAUCUAGUGAUGAAUAUGAUGAUUGGCAUUCGCCUCUCAGCAAUUAAGGUGUAUAACACCAGUGGGAUUAGGGAUUUGUUCCGACACAAGGACCUUCUUGAGUUACCCACAUCUAAUGCACGGAAUAGAGUUGUCUUUAAAAAUUACGCGCCGGUGAUUUUUAAGCAGAUUCGAAAUAUGUAUGGAAUAAGAUCCAAGGAAUACAUUUCCUCUGUUGGACCGGAGCAAGUGAUAAGUAACAUGGUGUUGGGAAACCUCUCUACGCUGAGCGAGUUACUCUCAGAGGGGAAGAGCGGUUCGCUCUUUUAUUUUACCAGCAAUGGGAAGUAUAUCAUCAAGACGGUCUCCAAAAGCAUCCACAGUCUGUCCAAAGCCCUGUUGCCGAAGUAUUACGAGCACAUCAGGAAUAACCCAGACUCUUUGCUCACCCGCCUCUAUGGAAUCCACUGCAUAAAAUAUAAAAGCGGAUCGGGAAGAAGCUCGAAGAGGAUCUACUUCAUCGUGAUGAACAACUUCUUCUCCUCGGCCGUGGAAAUCCACAGGAGGUACGACAUCAAGGGGAGCCUGGUGGGGCGCACGGUGCCCCCGGCCAAGAGGGAAGACCACACCAUCGCUCUCAAGGACGUAGACAUAGACGAACUGGGUGACAGAAUUACCCUCGGAGAAAAGAACAAGGAGAAACUGCUCAAAGUCAUAAAGGCAGAUGCAGAAUUUUUAAAACAAAAUUACCUCCUUGAUUAUUCCCUUCUUUUUGGGAUCCAUUACAAAGAAUUCUCUCGAGAUUUAGUUAGCUGGAAUGACAGUCGCACAAAUGAGGUUCGACAUGUAUUUGAUCAGGAGGGAAAAUGCAUCUCGGCCCGGCCCUUCCAUCAGUGCGACCACGGAGGCAUGAUCAGCAUCGACAAGAACAAAAUUUUCUUCUUUGGGAUCAUCGACAUUUUCACCAAGUGGACGUAA